GUCAUUCAUUUGAGUUUAUUGUAAAGCAGAAAGUUGAGAAGCAAACACGUAUAAUUUUGAUUUGUUGUAAGGUUUUGUUUACUAUACACACAGAAAGUGCUUUGAAAAGUUGAAUUUCACAACAUUGCGUUGUUAUUACGCUGAUUGUGUGCAUAUUGAAGUGAAGUGAAAAAAUCAUAGAAAUACCGAAAUCAAGCGAACAAAAGCAGGACAACAAGGAAAUCCUUGCAAAAAAAUCAAAUUUUGAGUGGAAACAUUUUCACCCAACCGUUAAGCGAAAGGCUCAAACUGGCUUCUAACCCCAUUUCUUACGCAAGUGUAGUAACAAGUGGAUUAAUCAAUAUGGUGAAAUUCGAAGAAUCAACAAGCGGGUCAAGUUCCAUUGGCGACACAGUCAGUUGUGCCCUGGAACGGGCACAGCUGGAAAAUCGAUUGGUGGUCGGCCUGUCGGCAGUUGCAAAAGAUUUAUCAGUAUCGAAUGAGGACGCAAUAUUCUUAUUACUUUCGCCACCCGAAAUUGGAGACAGUGCAACCCAUCUACAUUCGAAAUUGUUGGAAGCAUUUUGCUACGAAAACGAUAUUUACAUCAUCAAGGUGGACAGUUCAAAGAAACUGAGUCGAAUAUUGAAGACAUCCAAUUUGGAGUGCUGUGCAUUGAUUCAACGAUCGAAUUCCGUGGACAAUCAAUCCGAUCAAUUGACAUCAGCUGAAGAGUCAUUGGUCGAUCAUUGCGAAGAGUUCUGGGAUUGCCAACAUCAACCAAUCAUUCGGCUACCAGAGUAAAUUCAUACGGACAUCCCGGACAUAAACGGUAUUUGAAUAAAAAAUGGUUAACUUGAAGACACAAAAAGUUUUGUUAAAGAAAAAAAAAAUGUGUCCAUGUAAGGCCCACGGACCAUGGUUGUGUUGUUUGUAAGAUUUGAUUCUGUUAAUUGUAAUCUAACCUAAUUGUGUAUAAUAAAAAAAUUCAACAUGUGAAGGGGCUCGUCCGGACCGAAUGGUCCAACAAAAAAAGAAAAGUUAUCUUAUGAGGCGAAUAACAUCAAUCGAUGCCAAUAGCAUAAAUAACGAAUAUCUAAAUGUGGAACAUUAUAUUAAUGUUUCUAUUGAAAUUAUAAAGCGGCAAUCAACUGAAUAACAUCCAUUCUUGGUGCUGCAGUGUUAUAAAAUAAUCCUUUUUACUGUAUACAGUAGUAUUGACCAUAUUCCCGUAAAUUGUAAGGAAUAAAAUAUACGAAAAUUGAAAAGAUCAAAAAAAAAAUGAUGUAACAAACGUUAAAGGUUAACAAGAGAAAAGUUUCUCAAUAAUUGUAACGAAAUUAAAUGAAUUAUGUAAUUUUUACAUUCAUCUUAAGUAUAUUGCAUGGAGAAAGGAUGUAACAAGAAUUUGUAAUAAAAAGAAAUUAUGAAGAAA